AUGUCACUGCACCUCAAAGCGUUCCUUGGCUUCAGCCGUACUGCUGCCUCCGCUUCGAAGACGUCAUCAGAGAAAUGCUACCUCCUACAGCUGCCAGCGGAGCUACGCGUAAACGUUUAUGACAAGAUCGCCCUGAACGGCUUUCUCCCCUAUGCAGAUCCUCGCGACUACCAGGGUCUAUUCCUCUCCUGCAAGCAGAUCCACGAUGAGAUGGAGCAAGAGUGCUUCCGAGCAGCACCGGGCGUUCUCGACCACCUCCAAUCGAAGCUAGAUCACUUCCUGAAUCUUGAACCACUUCAGCCUAAGAGCUUCAGCGAACUGAUGAACCUCACAGUCUCUAUCCCUCGCUGGGCAUUGCACAGCCCGCGCAAACAAAAAGCCAUGAUUAAAUCCUUAAAGCCCCUCGCAGCUCUACACCUAAGCAGCCUAAAGCUUCUCCUCGACGAACAACUAGAAACGCGAUCCAUUCUUACCUUGCGGGACCAGCUUCCUCACACCGACUGGCUGGAGUUCCUCCGCAUCGACGCCAUGUUCUACGUUCUGGUGACGUACGGUGUCAGCGACGCCGUCACCUCGCGUGGCGACGAGCUAUACAAGCUACGAACCACCUAUACGGAUAUCAUCACCUUCGCUACACGCGUAAACUGCCUUGUUGCGCCAAACCUGUGCUCUCACGGGCACCACAAAGAUCAGAAGCGGCUUCGUUACUGCAUCUACUACGGCAAGGGCACUGGAGAUAUCCUGUCGCCGAUGCCGUGCAACGUCCGGAAGGUGGUCAUGCCGCUGAAGAAACUUGACCCGGAGACGCAGUGUCAUCCGGCUAUAUAUCCUUGGGGCCUGAGAUUGGCCCGGUGGAGCCCUGGUGUUGAGCAGUAUUAUUUGAAUAAGGAGGGCUAUGUUUGGUGGUGGUCUGAUCAGAAGGGGAAGCAUGGGAGUCUGCGGAGUCGGUGGAGUAAACGGAUGCCGAAGGAGAUGGUCUGGGAGAGGGUGGGGAAGGGGAAGGCUGGGAAGGAAAUGGACGGCAUAAAACUUCUGGCACGUUGUUGCUAG